AUGGCGGCUUCCUUGGUUGCUAAUGGUAAUAUAGCCGCCGUUAAGCCUUCGGUGACUGGUCGGUUCGCUUCGGUUUACAGUGAAGUACAGAACAGCCGGCUCGAUCAUGCUCUUCCUCUUCCUUCAGUCCUCAAAAACCCCUUCAAGGUCGUCGACGGUCCUGCCAGCUCCGCCGCCGGCCAUCCAGGACAACCACCCGGGGCGGAGGCUCCAAGGACAAUUUUACCCUCACCACACUCAAACUCCUUCAGUUAA